AUGCUGAGAAAAAGAGAUGGGCUGGAAAAACUAGGAAAUUUGUCCAGUUCCAUUGACACUACACCAACAAAGGUCCGACGCAAAGCAAUCAAUAUUGAACCUCGCAAAUCCCCUGAAGAAGGCCAAGGUAUCGUCUUAUGUGGGGUUGACAAAUUGUACGGCGCUGUAGAACCACCAGAUGUGCGUGGCGUUGCAUGGAGACCUCCAGUUGUACAUGGAGCAAUCGGCGAGACGUCAGUGAUGCCCACAAUGUCUGUGAAGAAGAGAAAGGCAAGCAACGACUUGACUGCUGAUGAUGAAGAAAUACGCUUUAUUUGCGAAGGUUUUGCACCUUAA